GAAAACUUCGGCGAUCAGAAGACACCCGCGGCGAUGGACUUGAACGAGCCCCUUCCCUUCAUUACGUUAACAGAUGACGACUGCUUUGCGAUCUCACCGAAAGCGUCCGAGUACCUGCGCUCUCUGGAAGGCGAGGUGAGCAUCGUCGCGAUUGCAGGGCUGUACCGCACGGGAAAGUCGUACUUGCUGAACCAGUUGCUCGGUCGCACAACGGAGCAUACGAUGUUUGGGGUCGGCGGCACUGUCAACGCCAUGACAAAGGGGAUUUGGAUAUGGGGACAGCCUGUGGGCGACGCCCAUGGCAAGAAGACUAUUGUGUUUAUGGACACGGAAGGCCUCGGGUCGGCGCAGCGCAGCCAGACGCAGGACACGCGCAUUUUCGCGCUCGCGCUGCUCCUGUCUUCGUUCUUCAUCUACAAUUCCCGCGGCGUGAUCGACGCGAACGCGAUCGACGACCUCUCCCUCGUCGUGAACCUCACCAAGUACAUCCAAGUGUCGGCCAACCCGUCAUCGUCGUCGUCGUCGUUGGCCGACUUUUUCCCGUCCUUUCUCUGGGUCGUGCGAGACUUUACGUUGCAAUUAGAAGAAAGCGGCCGCGCCAUUUCUUCGAAAGAGUACUUGGAGAACGCGCUCAAGCCCGCGCAAGGCACGUCGGACGACACGAUCCAUAAGAACCAAGUGCGCAACUUGCUGACCAACUUCUUCCCCGCGCGGGACUGCAUCACGAUGGUCCGGCCGCUCAACGACGAAGCGCUGCUGCGGGAUCUCCCCAAGCAGCCGUUCGAGUCACUUCGAUCCGAGUUCCGGACCCAACUGGCGGCGCUCAAGACGCGCGUAUUCACGGAGCUCCAGCCCAAGACACUCAUGUCCAAGCCCCUCAACGGCGCCAUGCUGGUCACGCUGGCACAAAAUUACGUGGACGCGUUCAACAGCGGCGCCGCGCCCGUGAUUUCAUCGGCAUGGGACCGCGUCGUCCAAGCCCAAUCGGAAGAGUUGCUGGACACGGCCAAGCGCGCAUUCGACACGUCGUUGCCCAUGCCCUGGACAUCCGUCUUGACCGACGACCAACUUGCCGAGGUAUUCCGAGCCGCGGAAACGAAAGCCAUCGACGCGUUGCAUGCGACGGCGGUCGCGCCAGACACGGUGCCGCUCAACCUCCCGCUGCUCCACGACUGGCUCGAGGCCAAGCGCCGCGCGGCGUGGGAAGCCAAUGAUAAACUCGCCAAGCAACAUCUCAUCAAAGAGCUGCAGGAACUGUACGCGCCCAUCACGGCGCAGGUGUGGACGCCCAUGGACGCGUCGUCAUAUGACGUUGUCAUCGACGCAUUGCGAGCUAAACUCGAUGGCUUUGACCACCUGCUCAAGCGAUUCAUUGCAGAGUACCUCGAUCGGACCCAUGGCCUGCCGUCGCAACACUUGAUGCUGUGCUCGUUCUUGGCUGAAAAGGUGAUGGACGGAGUCGUGAAUUGGGGCACGUUGGUCACGGUGCUGUUUCGCCAACAAGACAGCAAUAUGCAGAAAUCCAUCUCGAGUUCGCGGCAAAAGGUGAAAGCGGUCGAAGGCCGCGCCAAGGCGGCGCAGGAGAUGCUCCAGCAGCAAAAAGACACGUUUGAGCGCGCGUUGCAAGGGGUCACGGACCGACUGGCCGAGGACAAGCUCAAUCUCCGCGCAGACAUGGACCACAAGGACGGCGAGAUCAAGCGAACGUUGAUGCAGAUCGACCGGAUUGGCGCUUUGCACACGGAGGUGCUGGACGGGCUCAUGGACGAACUCAAGACCGCCAAGGAAGAGCUCAAGGCCGCCGACGCAAUGUUGGACGCGGCGCGGCGCGAGCAGGACACGGUGGCGCAGGACUCGGCCAAGCAACGGCUGGAAAAUGAGCGCCGCCAACAUGCCAAGGAGCAGGCGUUGCUGGAAGGUCACCACCAGUUGCUGCAGAACGUCGUGACGUUGGAACGCGCGUUGGGCGACCAGCAAGCCGAGCACAUGACGGCUGUGUUCAAGAUGGAGCAGACGUGCCACGCCACCGUGCGCCGGGAAAUCGACGCAUGUGACCAAGCUGCCGCGGAACUCAAGGCGCACACGAUCGCCGACAUCCGCCACCUCAAAACCAAACAAGAAGGCGAGUUGCGCGCACUCACGACUGAAUUGGACGACCGCCAGGCCGUGCUUAGCGCCAUGCAGGAGCGACUGGAGAUGCAACGGCGAGUCGGCAUGACGCCCGCGGCCAAGCGAGGGGGUGGCAAGGACGACUGCAUCGUGUCAUAAGAACCCCAUGACAAUAAUGUCCAGCUGUUUUGGGUUGGAUCGUGCUUAGGAUGACAGGAUGAGAAAAACAAACUUUAGAGAGUUGGUUCAGUGUGUAGUAGUGUACGGUACAGUAAAAAGCGACGGCAUGCGACAACGCUGGCAACAACGUCAUCGCCGCGGGCUAACUACCGUACUUUAUCGGGAAGUAGUCUGCCAUCGUUGCGAGCAUUAUGUAUUGGUUCCUUGCUUGGGCGUACCAUAUACGUUGGAGAUAAUAU